UGGAAUAGGAUUUUGAAGUGUGAUUCUAAAUCUGCCCUAAAUCUGGAAAAAAAAUUGUUCAAUUUGAUAUUUUUGAUCUUCCUUUUCCCAAACCCUAGCCAUGAAUUGCACAAAAGCUUUGUUUACCCACAGAAAAUACAUACGUAAACUGUAACAUUACACAGCAGAGGAGCGCUUUUUUUCUUCUUCUUUUUUGUUGUUGUUGUUGUUGUUUUUCAGAAUUUGAAGAAGAUGGAUUCCGAUGAAGGAAAGCUAUUUGUUGGUGGAUUAGGAUGGGAUAUUAAGGAAGAUAAGCUAAGAGACUAUUUUACCCAUUAUGGAGAAGUUACCCAUGCCAUAAUCAUGCGUGACAGGGUUACUGGCUUAUCGAGAGGAUUCGCCUUUGUUGUCUUCUCCGAUCCUUCUGUUAUUGAUGCCAUUCUUCAGGAGAAACACACUAUUGAUGGCCGUCCGGUUGAAGCUAAGAGGGCUUUACCAAGAGCACAACAGCAGAGCUUGAGAUCGCGACUUCCUCAUGCCAGUGAAGAUACAAGACUGGUAAUGCGCAAUCUCAACAACAGAACAAGAAAAAUAUUUGUAGGUGGGCUACCUUCAUCCCUUACUGAAGAAGAGUUUUGCCAGUACUUCCAAGAUUAUGGUAAUGUGACAGAUAAAGUUAUUAUGUUUGACCCAAACACUGGUCGCCCGCGAGGAUUUGGUUUCAUCACCUUUGACUCAGAAGAUGCUGUUGAUAGAGUUCUUCAUAAAACCUUUCAUGAACUGAAAAAUAGGAUAGUGGAGGUAAAACGUGCCCUGCCAAAAGAAGCAAAUCCUGCUGGCAAUGAUUAUGGUGGAGGUUACCUGGGUUAUGGUUCUUCUGAUCCCUAUAGGUUUCCGCAGCCCGCUUUUUGUGGUUACACUCCCUAUAACAGCUACGGAGCUCUGAAUUAUGGUUAUGGUUAUGAUCCUUAUACUUGCUACGGUGGGGCAGCUGGAGUAUAUAUGAAUCCAUCUUUGGCCAGCAUUGUUUAUGGUAACAGCUGGCCUGGUGUCGCAAGAAGCCAGUGGAGCAGCCAGAAUCUUGGGCAUGGUGAUUUCUAUAAUUUAAAUGCAAGUUAUGGCGCUUCUAGUUUGUGGGGUGCUUCAUCCAUUCGUGGUGUUAUUUUGUCAUCAACUAGUACAUCUCAGGGUCAUGCUUCUCAAAACAAUAAUCAGGGGAAUGGUUGCAGCAUCUACACAGAAAAUGAAGGCCCUAUCACUGAUUCUGAUGGUAACGAGACUGGUGAUAGGCAUACAGGUAGUGCUCCAAACAGCAGCAGUGGUGAGGCAACUGCCCAGGCAGGGCAACACGAGGCAAAUGGGUGCAACACAACAACAGUCUUUGACAGCAGUAAUGGUUCUCCAGGCUUUCCUGAUGCAGAUUUAGUUUCCGAUAAGUAAGAAACUCCUGUUUACUGUGGUUAAACUGAGGGAAUACUGACAGCACUAACCAUAUCAUUAUAUUAUCAGCUUCUAAGAAUCACUCAGAGAAAAAGUAACCCUGUUAACACCACCAGUUCGGUCACAAUAGAUCCGAUGACUGGUUGAAUUACUGCAGUCUACUUAUUAUCGUGUAACAGUUACAUUUACAUUCCUACAGCUGACUAGUGUUGGUUUAAACUGGUGUUACAGCAUUUUUACAUUCGUGCAGACGAUUAGUUACAUUGACAUUCCUACAGGUUGCUUCUACUGUUGAAGGUAUUGCUCAUACCUGAAUGAUUAUGUUUCUUUCUUUGAUCUCAUACCUGAAGUAACUAUUUAUGUGAAAUCUACUCCUACAGUUGGUUACUUGAAAA